CACUCUCUCCCGCUCUCCCUGUGUGUGGCUCUCCCUCUCUCUCUCUCUCUCUCUCAGUGGCUCUGUAACCUCGGCUGAAGGCACAGUGGCACGCUCCGCUCCCACGCGCACGCACGUGACUCAGGUGGCGGACUUGCACGUUGAAGCCACUAGUGAAAACAACAACAAUAACAAGAGAGAGAGAGAGAGAGAGAGAGGAAAUAGUUCUAAGUGUGUGCAGUGUGAUUUGUAAGUGUGUCCUGAAGAGUGAUAAGUGAACACGCUGCUGCCAUACAAAAACUACCCCUGCCGCCCCUGCCAUACAAAAACUACCCCUGCCGCCCCCUGCCAUACAAAAACAAUCCUUGAACUGCCCCCUGCCACUCAAAAACCAUUUCUAAACGCCCCCUGCCGCCCCCUGCCAUACAAAAACUACCCCUGCCGACCCCUGCCACACAAAAAACAUCUCUAAACGCCCCCUGCCAUACAUAAACUACCCCUGCCGACCCCUGCCACACGAAAACCAUCUCUAAACACCCCUGCCCCCGGAAUACGCCCCCCUCUCGCCCUCACACAUCCCAAGACGCCCCCCCUUCCUUUUCCUACCUCUAUAAAGUAAUAAGUGCAUUUAAGUGUCCUUCAAAUCGCCUGCCCCCUAAAAACGCCCCCCUCAGUGCCCUUAUAUAUCCUGACACCCCCAUACAUAUCCAAACGCCCCCUCCCCGCCACCGCCCCCUCCUUUCCCAGCCCCCCACGUAAAGCUAGCUCAUUUUAAAGUGAGAGAAAAUUUGGCGUUUGUAAUUUAAAGUGAAUUUUUGUUAUUUUGGUUUGCCAGAAUUUACCGGUUUUUUUUCGAUAUUUUUCAGUCAGAAGUCAGUAUUUUGUGUGAUUCCGAGAGGUUUGCCAGAAUUUAUCGGUUUUUUUCAGUAUUUUUCAGUCAAAAGUCAGUAUUUUGUGUAAUUCCGAUAAGUUUGCAGAAUUUACCGGUUUUUUUCAGUAUUUUUCAGUCAGAAGUCAGUAUUUUGUGUAUUACCAAUAAGUUUCACAGAAUUUACCGGUUUUUCUCGGUAUUUUUCAGUCAGAAGUCAGUAUUUUGUGUAAUUCCGAGAGGUUUCCCAGAAUUUACCGGUUUCUUUCGGUAUUUUUCAGUCAAAAGUCAGUAUUUUGUGUAAUUCCGAUAGGUUUCCCAGAAUUUACCGGUUUUUCUCGGUAUUUUUCAGUCAAAAGUCAGUAUUUUUUGUAACACCGAUAGGUUUCCCAGAAUAUACCGGUUUUAUUCGGUAUUGGUGUAGUGUUUGCGUGUUUUUGAGUAUUUGGGCAGGUUUUGCAGAAUUUAUCGGUCACGUGUAUUGUUGUAGUGUUAAGAAGUGUCAGUGUUGAGGCCUUUCAAAUUGGUUAGUCGUGUUUCAGAAUUGAGUUGCCUCUCUCAGAAUUAAUAUUUCUAUUUUGCUCAAGGCUAGUGUUAUCAGAUAUGUUCGUUCGCUGUACAAUCCUCAGUAGUUUUCGAUAUUGAGCGAUAAAUUCUGGUGUAACUUUUCCGCAGGUGUGAAGUAUUAAGAGUUUUCAAUGACAUAAUUCAAUCUGCGUGUUUUUCCUCUGUGUUUGAAGCUUUCUCUGAUAGUUUGGGUGUUUUUUUCAGAAUCGUUCAGUAUUGUUCAAGUAAUUCUCAGUAGUGUUCGCUGCCUUGGUAAUGUUCUCCGCAGUUGAUCGCUGGAAUUUAAGCGUUGUACAAUUUCACCUUAUUUCCGGAGAUUCACGAGAUUUCUACACAUUUUCAGAAAUUUCACAUGACAAUCUCCUGAUGAUGUAAGCAAAAACUACUGAUUUUUUAAGGAAACUCAGAUUUUUUCACUUCUCCAGAUAAAUUAAGGCAUAAAACUCCAGAUUUUUAAGAGAAACCCAGAUUUUUUCCACUUCUCCAGAUAAUAAAGGCAUAAAACUCCAGAUUUUUAAAGGAAACCCAGAUUUUUUCCACUCCUCCAGAUAAAUUGAGCCAAAGCCGUAAUUUUCACGAGAAGCUAAAAUAACACCAAAUUUCUCAGCACCAGGCAAUAAUAGCACCACGCGAGGCACCAAUCUGACCCUCUGUGACCCUCCUGACCCCCACGAAUCCCCCACGAUCCCCACGACCCCCCCACGAAUCCCACGACAACCGCACGACUACCACACGACUCCCGCACGACUCCCAACGAUAACAAGAUGCAGCCGUCGUGGUUUACAGUUCCGUGGGUGCAGUUCCAGUCUCUCCCCACCUUCCCUACCCCUACCCUCACCACCCUGGGGCAGAUGGCACCCCCACACCCGCCCACAGCAGUGUCCGUGGGCGGCAUCACACCCAUGGCAGCGCCCACGCCCACGCACACGCAGGUUAAUGGGCUCAGCGGUGUUACUCUGCCUCUUAAUGGGCUGAAUGGUCUAGCACAUGGGGGUCUGGUGGCUAUUCCCUCACCGCCGCCCCUAGCCGCCCACGCCCACGCCCACGCACACCCAGCCGCCCAUCCUGCACAUCCACACCCAGCUGCCGCUCUCGCCCUACAGCAAGUGUUAAGACGCCCCGCCCACCAGCCUGUUCCGGCGCCGCUAGCUGCACUAAUAAGAGCGAAAAAGAUAUUGCUGUGCACGAGGACAGACACGUGCCAGGGCAGGAGGCAUUGCAGUCAGACAGUCAGACAGUAG